CAGAUGUCCAAACAUGGCCGCCAAAAACAGGGAUUCCCUCGUACUACGAUUUCAUUGUUUUUAAAAUCGAGAAUCAGUGACAAAUUACGGAUUUUAUAAACAGUACGAUAAAUCAUUUGAAUAUGGGAAGUGAUAAGAUUAAUUAAUGAGUGUCAGCAUGUGACAAAAUUUGUCUACAAAUUCAUCAAAACAACACUGAAGAAAACAUGGAAGCGACAAACUUUUUUGACAGUAAGCAUGUUGUGUAUUUAAAUAUCACGGACUCCACUGAAGCGAUGCAUUUGAUAUCAUAGAUAAAAGUAAUGUCGGGUCGACAUGUUUGUUUUGUGUGUGGUAGCCUGGGUGCAGAAACGGGGCUGCGGAUCAAACCACACGACAGACUGCCCUAUUUUCCAUUUUUGGAACAUCAUGAUCCACCAAAAGGGGCGCGGUUGCCCACCAGCUCUGGGACAGUAGACUGCUGUAGGGUGUGCUAUGCGUUUCUGACACAGCAGUGGGAGACAUAUGAAAGGUCCAAAACUCCUGCAAUUAAACGCUUAUAUUGGCUGAAGCGUGCAGACAAUGGACAUUUUACAGGGGCUGAAAUGAGACUACAAGGAGAAUACAUUGCACAAAUUAUGGGUCUGAAUUAUCAGCCAGGGGUUGAGGGGCGGGCAUCACCUGACAAUAACACAAGAGAUUAUCCACCAUCUCCACCAUUUCAUAAGGAGGAAAGAGAAACUCCAAGUAACAACCACACAGGCCACAGGGAACAAAGUCUGAGCUACAAAUCUGAUGCUAAACCUCAAAUGAAGCCCAAGAUGUCCAGCCAAUCAGUGAGUCUCCCUCGUGAGGAGAUCCCUGUCCACCAUGCAAAUGUCAGCUCAAAGGGUGCACAAAGUGAAGGAGUUCUUGAUCUGACUGUUCGAAAAAAUUCUAAAGCAAAGCCUGUUUCUUUACCUAGUGAGAAAGAACAGACAAUUGUUUGUUACAUCUGUGCACAGAGUACUCCAGUAAGGAAUUGUAAAUAUGUUUCAACAGCAAUGAAUUCAACCAGUGAACCAUUCUUCCCAGUUUUACAAAAAAUCAGCCAACCUGAGGGAGCAUUUCCCCUGAACCAGCAUGGACAGGCAAUUGUAUGUGGGGACUGCAGGCUUCUGCUAUACCAGCAGUGGCAGGCAUAUGAGCUGGCCGGUGUGCCAUUUCAAAAUCGCAUCUACAAACUCUGUGAUGAAAAACUCAAGGUACCUAAGUCAGAACCAGUGACCCAUACUGAGAGACUGCCUAAAACUCCAGUGGAAACUGAUGAGUAUGUAUGUUAUUUGUGUGGUAAGCUGUAUGGCAGUGAUUUGAUCAGGUUGUUAUACACUAUGCCCCCUCAUGACCCUACCAUGGGAACUUUGUUCUUUCCAUUUGUACAAGAGCUUCAACGUCCAAAGGGUGCUCAGCCCUUGAAGUCUGAUGGAUCUGUUCUAUCAUGCCGAAACUGUUAUGCUGAACUUUAUCACCAAUGGCAAGUACAAGAAUCUAUGCAGGUACCAGUUUACCAACGCAAGUACUCCUUAUCAUUUGCAAAGGCAGGCCAUCGAGAUGACUUGCAGCGAAUUCAUGUCACAGACAGGGCUAGUGGACAAGAAUCUAAGGGAUCAGUUGUUAAAUCAGAGGCAACUCGACCCCUGAAUAUCCACAUAAUGGAAGGUUCAUCUGGAAGCAGCCGUGGAAGUUCUCAAGGGCUUUUAGCCAUUGCUGUAUCUGAGGAAAAACAUAGGCCAGUCAUGUCAUCAACAUCACCAAGCAAACUGUCUACACUGCUCAAAAGACCAUUCGAGAAUCUGAGUUCUGGUACAACCAUACCUCAUCCUUUAGAACAAGCUGUGUCAAAGCCAAAAAAGAUCUGCUUCUUGUGUGGAGAAAAAUCAAGAAUGAUGAACACUCAUGUUUUACAUGCCUAUCCUGUCACACAUGAAACUAAAAGCAGCAACACAAUGGUGAUGCCUUUCUUUCCAUUUUUGACAAACUCCAGCCCAGCAAGAGGAGCAGAGACAAUGACAGAAGAGGGAACAGUGAUUGUCUGCAGCAUAUGCUUCCACAUGCUUUUGAAGCAAUGGAACCAUUAUGAGGAGUUUCCCAAUGCUGAAACAAUCAACCGGUGGCAUCGCAGAUAUGUCAUGCCUGACUUUGUGUGUUACAUUUGUGCUAAAACGACAGAUAGAAAAAAUGUAAAGAUGCUAGAGGCAGCCAAAUUUCCUUUCCUAAAAGACAUAAAGUGUCCCCCUGACUCCCUGAUUCUUAGUGGAGGCCUGCUGGUGAUAGCAUGUAAACCCUGUGCCGCAGACCUGAAUCAGCAGUAUGCAGCCUAUGAAAGACUCAAGUUGCCGAUCAAUUUGCGAAAAUACAAUUGGGUACAGAGGACCUCAAUAGAGGAGCCGAGUGAACAGGACAUGGAGCCAGGGGAGGAGGAAAAGGAAUCUCAUUCAGAUGCAGUAGAAAAUCGAGAUGUAGAUGUAGAAGCUGUUGAUGAUGCAACUCCUGAGAGUGGGCUGCAGCCAGGAGCUAAGCCACCACCACUGACCACGAUGAUGAGUCCCGCCGCAUCUAAACUGUCUCGGAAUACAGCCACUGUGCCACCACUGAAUCAGGUCUCCCCUAGUAAUGGUGUCACCUCUGUCAGUGCUAGUGCUGCAAUGAAUGCCACAAGGACUGCCAGCUUUGCUGCUGCUCUCCGAAAACUAGCUCAUCAGGCUAAAGAUCCAGAGGACCCAGCACCCAGUCAUAGCUCCCAACCUGGCAGUUCGAGUACCAGCCCUCGGGCUGUCACCCCCAAAAGAGGACCCCCUCCUCUGGUGUACAACAGCCACUCCACAUCUCUGACAUCACCACCAGUGGUCACCAUAGCACCCACACAAGCCCAUCCCACUAUCCCAAGUACAGAGACCAAACAGAGCAUUGAGCGAGCCCACUCCGUUCAGAGUACUGCCUCCUCAGUGUAUGAAGCUAUGAGUUUGAAGCAGGAACGAGAACGCCCACAGUCAACUCACUCAAAUCGAGAUGAUGAUCGAAACUCGCUCAAAGACCUUCCUCUCUCAAGGAGUCGUAUGACACCUCUCUCUGGCCCUAGUUCAUCUCCAGCUGGUUUGAGAGAGGACAGUGUAGGACGGGGUUUUCAGCCUUACAGACCUGGUGAUGACCUUCGACACCAGUUACCGCCCUCUCCUUUUGGCCUAGAUCCUGCCACUGCUGCUGCCUACUCUGCUGCUUAUCCUGCGGCCGCCUUCCUUCCUCCCCACCCCUUCCCUCACCCUGCCUUCAGGUUUGAUGACCCACUGUUGUUGGAGCGAUACCGGAUGAUGCAGCCCCCCUACCUGCCAUUUGGUCACCCUGGGAUGUUGCCCCCUCCAGGUGUCCACCCACUACUGGCUUCUGGGAGGUACCCCCCAGAAUUAUUACACCAGCAGUUUCCCUUUGUUUCCUCUUCAUCCCGGUUACCUGAUCACAUAUCCCCCUCCUUGUCUGAAAGACAAAGACUGGAGGAAGAAAGAUACCGAGAACAUGAGAGGGAGAAAGAAAGAGAAAAAGAAUUAGAGAGGGAGCGAGAGAAAGACAAAGAAAUUUUAUUACGAGAAAAGGAAAAAAGCAGGGAAAAGGAGAAGGAAUUUGACAAAGAUAAAGGUCAUUACUACAGCCAUAGUUCUGAUGGAUCUCGGAAAGAGAGGAGUGGAUCUCUUGGAGGUGGAGAUCAUCAUAGACUACCUAGAGCUGAAGAACUGGGACUGUCUCGUUUUGGUUCUAUCACACAGGGGACUCCCAAAGAAAUACCUCACAGGAAAGACAGUCGCUCUGACAAAGGGCAAGAGCCUGACCGCUUGGGGAGAGAUGUUCAUGGGGAAAGGGGUAGUGUUCCUUUGCCAAGCAAUCUGGAACAGAGUUACAAAAGAGAUGAGAAAUACUCACAGCUCUUCAGCACUGGUCCAAAGAUGUCUGGUGAUGGGCAAGACAUCCGAUAUACUCAGCUUCAUUCCUUGGAUCGCAGUGCCUCUCAUUCGUCCACCGAAAGCAGACCCUCAAAAUCAGACAGCAACUUCUUCAGACCAUUUGACACCAAAACAUUAACCAAUGGCUACCAUUCAGGAACAUCGGAUGUUGAAAAAUUCUCAUCCAGUUUGAAAGGCCUUACUGACCAAAGAAGUAAAAGUGACCUACAUAAACACAAGCACAGAGAAGACGUGCCCCAUUCACAUCACAAAACACACAACGAUUUGUCUAGCUCAACCAAUCAUAAACUCAAACAGGACAAGUCGCGCCAUGGGAAAUCUUCAGUAGAGGACAGUAGAAGUGGGGGUCACUCGGUGCACACUCAUUCUCUGUUGUCAUCCCUACAUCAUCAGGGGGAUCAUAGUCAAAAGCACAAAAAAUCAUCAAAUCAGUUGCAUUCAUCACAUCAUCAUCAUCAUCACAGUCAUGAAUCUCAUCAAAAGACUCUCAGAAGUCGACUUGAUCUGGAGGAACAGAGGCUCAAGAGGAAGAGAGCCCUAGAUCCAUACUAUACAGACAGUGAUGAGGAGGAGGAUACUGAAGAGUUAGAGAAAGGGAGAUUACUCUUAAUAACUAGUGGUCCUUCACUGCCUGUGGAUGAAAACCCAGAGAAAAUGAAGUUCCUUGAAGUUCUGGGAUUGACAUCCAGACGAAUCAGAAAAGAACUUGAUUUUGAGAGAUUGAGGACACGCAGACGUCUGCACCAUGAGCGUAGUGUGUCACCACUGGAAUUGGAGAUCUCUGAAUCCAGUCAGGGGGAGGUCAGCAAUCUGCCAACUCCGCCUCAGUCUGUCUCCGAUCAGAUGUGCCAGGCACAGGAUUUUCCAGAGAAAUGUUCCUUCCUUAACAGCUUCCACCUGUCUGUUGUGGAUAAAAAUAAGAAAAAAGAAUUGGAACAAAUAAAACAUGUUUGUGAAGAGGACAGAAGGCGGCGACUGUCAAAUGAUUCCCAGACAGGAUCCAAAAGGAGGAAAAUACACCUGUCUGAUGGGGCAUUCAGAAAGCAGGGGAAGGGCAGGAAAUCUGAGGGUAAGAUGUCAGGUCUGAUGUCCCUGAUCCCUAACAGAGAUGCCUGUCGAGAAUUUGCAGAGGAAUUUCAUCAGUCUGUCCUUCUGUCAACUCAGCGAAAAGCUCUGGACAUGAAAAUUGGAAAUGUGGAAAGUCAAUCUUCAGCCAGAGGAAGUGAUGUCACAGACACAGAACAACUGGUUCCCACAUGGCCAGGACUUGCUGCAGUCAUGCAGUCUUACCAAAAUCAUCUCUCAGAACAAAUAACAGAGAGGAAAAUACUAAAGGAAAAAUACAAAGCUCUUAAGUCACAGAACAUUCAUCUAACAACCACUGCCAAGGCACUCAAACAGAAAGAAUCAGAGAUGCUAAGUUCAAAGACUGAAAUGAAUGAUAAAAAGUUGGAGACACAAAGUGCAAUAGACAGACUGAAAAGGUGCUUAAAAGAUCUUCAUUGAAUUAAACAACUGCGGGAGGGUGUUUCAUAGUAACAGAUCUCUUGAGGGUGUAUUGUGUUGAAGCUUGUAUUGCUGUGGAUGAUGAGUUAACAAUGAUGCUAAGAAGACAGCCAAAAUAUGGAAUAUUGCCAAUGUGUAUAGAAAGCGAACUGUGUUACUCCAAAUAUUACUGGCCUGCUUUAUACCAAGACUUAAAGUGCUGACUUUAAAAUGUUAAUGUCUCCAUUGUUAAUGGUGCGAAGUUAAGACAAAACCCAGAUUAUUCUGUGCAGCAGCGGACUUUUUAUUAUUUAUUUUGUUUUUUUUAUAUAUAUUAUAUAUUAAUCAGUUUAUGUGAUUAUGUAGCAUUGUAUACAAAGAUUUUACAUCACUUUGUUUACAUGACCAAUCUUGGUCACUGUGUCUUUUAUUUAGUAUGUUAUACCAGUAAACCAAAAUUUCCAAAUGUCUCGCAGAGAUCUGUUUUUGUAGCUUUUCUUCCUUCUGUCACAGAAGAGUCAUGUUUCAUUAUCAUAGCUGUUUGUGAAGAGGAAUGGUGCAUCUUUUGUUGCACUGUUAGAAUUAUAUUCAUAAUUCUCAAAGGGUAGAUGCCUUUAACUGCUGAUUAUUUUUACACAAGUACAAAUGUAAUAAGUACUGCUAUAACCAUUGUUGUUAUUGAGGUUUUGAUUAAAUGUCAUGCUGUAUUUAAAAAAAAAAAAUAUUCACAGCAAGUUUAAAAAACGUAUUGGAAUUUAGGGCAUUCUAUUUCAAUUAGUAAAACUUGGGUUAUAGUGAAGUCCUGGGGACCUUCAGAUUAACAUUGUUGCUAUAUCUGUAAUUCUUUAUAUCCAUAUAACAAAUUAAUAAAUGUAUAUGAAGCGAAUUCACAAUAUACACAUUUCCCUUCUUAUGACUACCCAAUAUGCUCAUUGAAGUAACAAAUGUAAGUCCUAACUUGAAGAACUAGUUUUCUUUUAUAAAAAUUUAAUUAUAAAUACAGACAAAAAAAUAAUGUCACUUUAAUAUUUUUAAAUUCUGGAACCUUAUAAAAAUUUAUAAAAGAUGUAAAUUUUAUUAUUGUCAACCUCUAUGGGGCAAAAAUCAAUGCUCUAUAUCCAUAAAUUCCUUGCAUCAAAGUUUGUUAUAACCGUAACGUUUUACAAGGAAUUGUUAAGAAUAUUAAGAGGGGACCCCAAGAAACAUCUGUGACUAAAUCAGUUUUACUGUACAAGAUAUAUGUACCUAUGUAAAUCUGCAUUUCAAAAGACAAUCAGUUUUGGGGGGGAAAUCGUUUAUUGGUACCAAAGGUCAUAUUGAUUUUGUUCAGCAGAUGUUAAAGAUUGUUAAUAUUCAGAUAUAUGUAUGGAAAGCAAAUUUGAAUAAACCCAAGCUGUAUAGACAAUGCAUAAAGAAAUUGUAAAAAUAGGAGUUUCUGUGCCUCGAUCAGCUCAGGGUUUUUGAACAGACUACAAACAGUGCAGCAGAUUCACCUCUCUAGUAGAUUUUUUUUCUGUGUUUUUAUCUCAUUUAUGGCUUUACAUUUGGUGUAACAACCAAUUUGUUUAACUCUCACUUGUUCAUGCUCAUGCCACAGUAUAUCAACAAUGUAUUAAGAGUGAACAAAAUAAAAAUCAAAGAAAUUUGCAAAA